AUGACGGAGCUCACCAUUACGGCUUCCAAGACGGCGAUUGAGGCGUUGGUGAACAAGGUCAAGUCCGCAGUCAAGGAGGAGGCGGAGCUGUGGCAGAUUGUGCAGCGUGACUUGGUGUUCAUCAACGACGAGUUCGAGAUGAUCGAGUCAUUCCUCAACGCCGCCGACCGUGAUUGGGUCAAGAACAGCGUGAUGAGGACCUGGGUGAGACAAGUCUGGGACCUUUCCUAUCACUUGGAGGACUGCGCUGAGUUAGUCUACCACCUGGACACGAAGCGUCCAUGGUGGAUGUUUUGUGUACGGUUGCUGCCAUCCUGCUGCAAAUCUGCAGCCGCGCAGCCCCUGGACGAAGCGGUGGUCGAGAUAAAGCUGCUUAAGGCCCGGGUCGAGGAGGUGAGCCAGAGAAACAUGCGCUACAACCUCAACGGCAACUCCGGCUCCGGACCCGUCGUGCAGAUGCAGCAGACGAGUGCUGCCAACACAAGAACAUUUGAUGUUCUCGACACCAUUAAGAAGCAUAGCAGCUUCUUGGAUCUCACCAAGUUGAUUGCCAAGGAAGGCAAUGACCUUCAAGUGAUCUCCGUGUGCGGAGCAGGAGGUGAUCUUGGGACAACAUCGAUAAUCAGGAAGGCGUACGAUAAUGCAAGAAUCAACAAAGACUUCAAAUGUUGUGCGUGGGUUAAGCUGGUAUAUCCUUUCAAUCACCACGAUUUCAUCUGGAAUUUGUUGGCUCAGUUCUACACAAACUACUCUUGCCAGCAAGAACAGGGAGGAGCAAUGAAUGCACAUCCCUUAUCUAGAAUGGAGGCGUCUUCGUCUGAUCUUGUCAAGGAGUUUGUGAACCUUGUAGAUACACAACGGUAUCUCAUCAUCCUGGAAGACCUAUCUUCCAUGGCUCAGUGGGAUACCAUCAUGUCCUACCUGCCGGAUAAGAAGAAUGGGAGCCGAAUCGUCGUGUCAACCCAGCAGCUCGAGAUUGCGAGUCUCUGCAUGGGGAAGCCAUACCAAGUAUCAGAACUGACGCAGUUCUCAGCUGAUCACUCUGUCUGGGUCUUCUUCAAGGAGGAAAGCCGGGAACAUACAAAGUACCAAUGCACUGACGCCUACUUUUAUACCGUCGGUUCAACCCGUGCUGAAGACAAUGCCGAGGCAGCCAUCUCCAACUCCAAAGAACCUUCUUGA